AUGCCAACACCGAGUGACCGUCGCCAAAACUCGAUCGCCGAGGUGAUCUCCACCCGAACGUGUCCGCCGGAAUUGGAUCGUCUCUCAGAUUGGAGAGACUCUCCAGAGCCUACGAUCUCACCCGGCGAGAUUGUAGACGAUCCUCUGACUCCCGCCAGUGCCCUAGCACCCGCGCUGGGUCGCUCCGAAGAUGGCAGCGCGCUCUUGGCGUCUGAUCCGCUGAGAGUGGAGAGCAAGAUAAGUGGCACGCCGGACGCUGAAACCGCUGCACGCGAGCGAUCGAGUUCACCCUGGGAUCGUGGCGCUGGGAGCCAGUCGCCAGUGAUACCCUCAAACUCGUCACUGCUGCGCUACGAAUUCUCUAAUGUCCGGCUCUUGCCGAAUUACUCGUCCUCAUUUCUUCGCUCUGGUAGCAAAUUUGUGGGCAAGCAAAUGUCCGAUAAGCAAGAAUACAACGUAGAUGUCGAAAUCAUCCAUGUGGACAUGGCCGAGUCAUAUCUAUGUGGCUACCUUCGCAUUCAAGGUCUGACUGAAGAUCACCCCACUUUGACCACCUUUUUUGAAGGGGAAAUCAUCGGCACCAAGCACACAUUUCAGACCCGAAACGAGCAAUGGGGCGCCAACGAGAAAAUAGAUAUCCACCACUGGUCCCGAUUUCCUGCCUGGAAGCCGCUUGCCAAACAGGCCAAGCGAACUGAUUUUACAUAUCGAAACUUUGCCCAGCGCGAGCACGUGUUCAUGCGAUGGAAAGAGUACUUCCUCGUUCCGGAUCAUCGUGUUCGGACCAUCUCUGGAGCCAGCUUCGAGGGAUUCUACUACAUCUGCUUCAAUCAAAUUGAAGGAUCUGUCAGCGGUGUUUAUUUCCAUGCAAAAAGCGAGCGAUUCCAACAACUUGAACUGAAACAUGUUGAAGAUCAUGGAUGUGCCCCAGCGGUCGAGUUUCGCUAA